AUGGAUAAAACACGGGCAGCGACAACGAACGCAAGCGGUGUGCAGAUGAACAGCGGAAAUCCACAUAUCGACCUACAACGAAUAGCCAAUGAGUGUAGCGCCGACAACGCAUCGAUCGUACGUUCCGACCAAUCAAACCCAGGUCAGCUGUUUGUAGCGCUUAGUUACGAUUUCGUUGGGUGA